AUGUCCGAAGAGCACCAUAUUGACUACUCACAACUACUGUCCCAGCUGUUGGAUGAGAAGGGUGAGCUGAAUGAUACAAUAACCUCAUUUCUAUACCAUCUGUUUCCCGAGGAGCUGUUUGUAAGAGCCAUGUCACUUCUCGACUCAAAUGACAUGUUUAUUUAUGUCUAUGAUAAACUGCAAACUGAAUCCAAGCACAUUAAGAGCAUAUCAACCGAACCAGAUGAACCUGAGGCUAGAGAAGCGUUGUCAGGAACGUCGAAUGAGAUGCUAAAAACUUCUGAAGCUGCUGAAUCACGACCUGAUGCGGGCGCGAACAGCAAAGAUAUAGCACAUCUGCUAUACGAAGGCCGUGAAGCACCUCUGAAUAGACUUAUUGUAAAGCCGGAGACCCCCGAGAGCCCUCCAAUAUGUGUGGACUUGGACCACUGGUUCUGUUCGUGUGAAGAGUACAACUGCCAAUUUCGAAGCAAUCUGCUCAACGUCCCAGAACAACCGGCAGGCCCAGUAGAUCUAGAGGAAUCUUCUUUGUAUUCUCGAGCUAUAGUCGAACACGAGCUUAAGUCUCAGGCUCCACAUUCGGACAGAUUCGCACAGGUAAAAAGCCUACACCUCCAAUUCCAACGAUAUUUUCGCCACGAACUUGCUAUGUGCCCGCACCUGCUAGCAUUUGCGAUCUUACUACAAACUUCUUCGGCGAUUCUCAUGUAUUUCACUCACACGAAUGCCACUGUAUAUCUCAUUACAGUGCAGAAUCUCGAUGAAUGGCUCAAACUGCAUUUAAAUGUCAUUCAAUGA